AGCGGGUGAAACCCGGAUACUAGCGUGCUGCGUAGUGUGGUGGACUAGUGUGCAUGAAUAAUAAUAAGAUAAUAAAGCACCAGAAGCUCAGUUUUUGUGCGUGUAGUGUUUUCUGGUUCUGUUGUGGUUUAGCAGAGAUACUGUGAGGUGCAGUGUGUAAACACACACACACACACACACACGGGCAGGAAGCUGUGCACUUCCGUACUUCCCGCCUUGUGAGGAACUAGUACGUGUUCUGUCAGCUCGUGUUGCGAAACUCUGAGGUAACAUUUCAGCUUCAUCCUGAGGGACCUGGGGCAGAAAGUCAGCGAGUGCUGGAUGAAGCCGGAGUCUCCUCAGCUACACACACAACACCCCUCAGACCCGAGCAGUUUUUGUGCAGCAGGUCGGUGAGAGACGGCGACAUGUUGCCUGAUCAGGAUGGACCGAAUGCAGGAGGAGGAGGAGGAGCGGGCGAAGAUCCCGCCGUUUCUCUUUUCAGAGAGUAUCUCCGUCUGAAGACAGUCCACCCGGAACCAGACUACGAUGCUGCUCUCGGGUUCAUCAGCAGGAUUUCAGAGGAACUCGGUUUGCCCAUGAAGAAAGUGGAGGUGUGUCCCGGUAGAGUGGUGACCAUCCUAACGUGGACCGGCACGAAUCCCGCGCUGAAGUCCGUCCUCCUCAACUCUCACACCGACGUGGUUCCUGUGUACCAGGAACAUUGGAAGUACGACGCGUUUGCCGCUGUGAAAGACGCCGAGGGGAACGUCUACGGCAGAGGGACCCAGGACAUGAAGUCGGUCACUAUACAGUACAUCGAAGCUAUCAGGCGUCUAAAGGCGGCGGGGAAGACGUUCCCCCGCACCGUGCACUUGAUGUUUGUCCCAGAUGAAGAGGUCGGAGGUCAUAAAGGAAUGGAGGCGUUUAUUAAGCACCCAGAGUUCCAGAAGCUCAAUGUCGGCUUGGCCUUGGAUGAGGGUCUAGCGAAUCCCACAGAAGCGUUCACAGUGUUUUAUGGAGAGAGGUGUCCUUGGUGGGUGACUGUUCGGUGUCCAGGCAGUCCUGGCCAUGGCUCCAGGUUUGUGGAAAACACAGCUGCUGAAAAACUGCGCCGGGUCAUUAAUUUGUUCCUGGACUUCAGAGAGAAAGAGAGACAGCGACUUAAUACGAGCGAGUGUUUCACUCUGGGUGACGUCACCACCGUUAACAUGACGAUGGUGAAAGGGGGCGUGGCUUACAACGUCGUUCCUGCCGAGAUGGACGUCAGUUUUGACAUCAGAAUCCCGCCCACUGUCAAUCUGCAGGAGUUUGAGGAGCAGAUUAAGGCUUGGUGUAAAGAAGCGGGUGAUGACAUCACCUACGAUUUCGCACAGAAAGGAAUGAAUCAGAAAACUACGUCGACGGAGGACAGCGACCCCUGGUGGAGCGCGUUCAACUCCACAUGCAAGUCCAUGAACAUGACGCUGAAGAAGGAGAUUUUUCCCGCUGCCACAGACAGCCGCUUCAUCAGAGCCGCGGGUCUGCCUGCGAUCGGGUUCUCUCCGAUGAACCACACUCCCAUCCUUCUGCACGACCACAACGAGUUCAUCAGUGAGAGCGUGUUCCUCAAAGGCAUCCACAUCUACGAGAACCUCAUCCCCACUCUCGCCAACGUGCCCCCCCUGACCACCGAGGCUUAGAGACACACACACACACACACACACACACACACACACACACACACACCAAAGAAUUGAGGAAACUCAUCCCGUACGAGACCUCCUCCUCCUCCUCCUCCUCCUGUGAACUUCUAAUCCAGCAACUCAGGAUCCUCAGAGUUGAAGGUCACCUAUUAUACUUCUUAACUUUAUCAAAUUCCCCAAAACAUCGUGUUAACCGUCUGUCUGAAACACCACUCGCAUCGCACCACUCUCACCUCCCUGAAAAUCCCUUCUAAUCCAGUGCUUGUGGCAAUAAAUGCUGCAAAUAAGCUAGUAUACCCCCCCAACACACACACCCCACACACACACCCUUUAACAGAGGCUUGUCUAGCAACUAUGUUAUACCGAAAAUUAUCAAAAUAAUUUUUAUAAUAUAAAAUAUAUUCCUUAUAAUAUAAUACGAGAUACCAUCACUUGUGGGUCAAAAUUAGGAAAACAAAAUUGAGCCUGGUUUGGGAUGAAAUUCACGUUUUGUAAGUGACAUUGAAACCUAGGAAGAGUGCCAGCAUUCCAGCCGAUCAGCCAUCAUGACGUUAGCGGACAGACACACCCCCUUGGUUGUCAUUGGUUACUAGUGACAGGUGCUGACCCGCUGUCACUGUAAGGUUAUUUUUUAUUUAUUAAUUUUUUUUAGUAAGUGCACUAGGAGGAUGAAGUGCUAAGCACUCGUCUCGUACACACUCCCGUCCAGCAGGUGGUUAACUGUUAACGACUUGAUAACUUCAGCCACUUGCUUUUUGUGCAAUGUUCUCAUGACUGAAUAUUGACCAAAUAUUUUGGGCUGUUUUUUUUUUUUUAUUGAGGAUUAGUCCCAUGCCUCUAAAUAAAUAUUUUUACUGGAAGGUUUCCGACGUAAAAACCUGUUGUGCCAAGGUGUGCCACUGUGGCGACCCCUCGACGGGAGCAGCCGAAAAACACACAACAUGUUCAGGUUUCUACACAGGAAGGAGGUGGUCUUUUGUCUACAUUUCAUACACAAUUACUGAAUACCCUUGUGGAUGUUGAGUGUAUUUUGCAUAAUAGGUGACCUUUAUAUCAUAAAUAAUAACCUCAAGGCUACACCGCUGCAGCCUCGGCAUGGUGUCGCUCAUAUUCGUCUUAAAGAAAGAGCAUGAAGUCUUCAUGUUUUAUUAAUAAGCUUGUGAGUGAGAUGUGUGUGUGUGUGUUGGUGUAUAUGUUAAGGACUUACAGUAUGAAAUAAUGAAGGCAGUAAUAAGGCUGAAUUAGGACGUAGUAGGACAUCUCUGAUUUACUCAUGUUUACAAUCGCUUAGUUAUGACGUGUUGAUUUUUACUUGAUGUCACAUGGUUGAUUUCUAUGCAUAUCUUAAUGAUUAAACUUUUUAACACCUCAAA